AUGACAGACCAUAAACUGCUGUUUUUACUUAGGCUGAUCAACACAACUCUCUUCAUUACAGUAUUCAUCCUCCUCUCAGGUGUGGGUGGAUUUGACAUCACUGUGUUCUCCAGUUAUGGACAGAACAUCACUCUGCCCUGUAAAAAUGUGGUUUAUCAGAACUGCUCCUCAACUACAUGGAUCUAUAACAACAAAACCUCUGGCUCUAUUGAACUGGUUGGUCAGGGGAAAAUCAAAUCAGAGAACACAGAGAGAGCUGACAGACUGAGUGUGGGGUCUGACUGCUCUCUGAACAUUCAUAAAGUCAAAGCUCGAGAUGCUGGACUCUACACCUAUCGACAGUUUCUACAUGAAGGUGCAGGUCAAACUGGAGUGGAUUACUCUGUUCUCCUGACUGUCCUCAGGAUCCACCCAUCCCUCAAACAGACUGAGAUACAGACUGGCAAAACUGUGACUCUCUACUGCUCCCUGCACUCACAGUACUCACAUCUGACUGUGGAGCUCCAGGACCAAGACAAUAAGAGUGAGUGGAGAUGCCAGCUGACUAAGGGAAAGGAGACAGAGACCUCAAUCUGCCUGGGCCCCAGAUGGACAGUGAAUUGCUCUGGAUGA